AUGGUGGAAAUCGAUGUUCUUCAAGGCCAUCACCACCCUCACCAACAUCAGUAUCAGCCACCCUACCAGAACGGUCAGCAGCAGGGCCACUACCCGGAGCAAUACCAAGAGUACUCCCAAAACCCCUACGACACCGAUCCCAAUUACGCGGGCCCGGAGGCGUACGGACGUCCGCUGACGAGCAACGCCCCUUCGCCUUAUCAGCAGCAGGACCAGUUCCCAUUGCCGCCUCAGCAGCAGCAACAACAACAACAAUACCCGCAAAUCAUGGCCCCCGGGGAUGAGUACGGUCCUCCUGGGUGGGCGAACCGUCACUCCGGCAUAGCUGGUGCGCCUUCAAUUGGACCCUCGAUCUCAGGGAUGGACACUCCCGUCGACUCAAGGUCGGCUACGCCGACGAUGAAGAGCGGCAUACAUACGCCGUUCGACAACGAUCACCUGCCUCCUCCAAGGCACCCGUGGUCGACUGAUUCCGCGCCCAACAGCCCCAUGAACCAGAGCCACCAGAGCUUGCAGAACCUGCUGCCGGGACAGGCUUCGCCGGUCCUCGCCAAGGAAUGGGUCGAGGGAAGCGACUCGAUCGCGAGACUGCACAAGCGCGACGAUGCGGACAUCUGGAAGGGUUGGAAGCGCCACGUCUUUCGCUUGACGCCCUUCCUCAUUGUUCUCGCCACGGGCAUGUACCUCGUCUAUCUCGGCCUCCGCAUCUACUGCGUCAUCUCGGCGCAGCAGCUGGCCAAGGAGGUCUACGCGCAGGCCUGGGUCUUCGUCGCCGUUGAGGUCGCCGUCGCCAUCCCCUCCAUCAUGCACAACAUCUGGACCAUGUGGUCCAUGAAGAAGCGUCUUCGCCCCAAGUUGAGACUCAUGGGCGACGAGGUCCCGACCGUCGACGUGCUGCUCACCUGCUGCGGCGAGGAGGACGACCUGGUCCUCGACACGGCCCGCGCCGCCUGCGACAUCGACUACCCCCGCGACCGGUUCCGCGUCAUCAUCUGCGACGACGGCAAGUCGUCCGGCCUCGAGGCCGGCAUCGCCGCCCUUGCCAUGACCUACCCCAACGUCCACUACCUCGCCCGUCCCAAGUUUCCCGGUGUCCCUCACCACUUCAAGGCCGGUAACCUCAACUACGCCCUCGACUUUGUCCACACGAUGCCUGGCGGUGCCGGCCAGUUCAUGGCUGCUCUCGAUGCCGAUAUGAUUCCCGAGCGCGACUGGCUCCGUGCCAUCCUGCCUCACAUGCUCAUCGACCCCAAGGUGGCUCUUGCGUGCCCCCCGCAGCUGUUCUACAACACGCCGCCGUCCGACCCCCUCGCCCAGUCCCUCGACUUCUUCGUUCAUGUCAUCGAGCCCAUCAAGGACGCCCUCGGCGUCGCCUGGUGCACCGGUUCCGGCUACUGCGUGCGUCGCGAGGCCCUGGACGAGAUCGGCAACUUCCCCCUUGGCUCCCUGGCGGAGGAUGUCGCGACCUCGACCCUGAUGCUCGGAAAGGGCUGGAGGACGGCCUACAUCCACGAGCCCCUCCAGUUCGGCACCGUCCCCGAGGACUACGGCGGCCAUCUCAAGCAGCGCACUCGCUGGGCCAUCGGCACCGUCGACACCUCGUUCAAGCUCAACUUCUGUCUGUACGGCGACAAGGUCAAGCAGAUGACGGUGGCCCAGCGCUUCUCUGGCUUCCUGUACGCGACCCUGAGUCUGUACACGAUCCUCCUGACGCUGUCCAUGUUCGCCAUCCCCAUCAUCCUGGUCAUGGGCAAGCCCCUGGUCGCCUACGCCAACUACGAGCAGCUCCGCUGGCUGAUCCGUGCGUGCUUCGCCGCCACCGUCACCAACCGCAUGUGCGAGUUCGCCAUGUUCAUCCCCGCCGGCUACCACACCGGCCAGCGCGGCGCCCGCUACCAGCUCUGGAUGUCCCCUUACAUCGCGCUGUGCAUCAUCCGGUCCUUCAUCUUGCCGACCUGGCUCGGCGGCCAGACGCAGGCCUUCAAGCCCACUGGCUCCCUCGGCUCUGCCCUCAACGAGCGCGACCCCAAGGCGCGCAAGGGCAUGUUCCGCCGCCUCUGGGCCAUCCUGAUCAACUACAUGGCCAUCUUCCACCUGGCUUUCGUCUACGUCACCCUCGUCGGCGUCGUCCUCACCACCUACCGCUGCUUCUACGUCAACGACGACCUCCGCGACACCCUCAUGUGCCUCAUCACCCACGCCUUCUGGCCGCCCCUGACCUUCAUCUUCAUGUGCAGCUCGCUGUGGACGCCCGUCGCCUACGCCAUCGACCCGCCCAACAUGCCUGAGCGCGAGCAGCUCCUCGACCGCGAUCCCAAGACCUUCGUCGCCCACCCGUCCGAGCAGAGCAAGAAGAUCGCCUUUGGCGGCCAGGCCGCCUGGUUCGAGACAGAGCUGACCGUCACGACGACUUACACCAUCCUCGUCUUCGUCCUCAGCUUCAUCUACUAA